GGAAAGCAGCGAGAGAGAAAAGGGAGAGAGAAGGUGUUCUGUUUGAGAGUGUGAGGAAGGGCAAGAGGAGUGUUCGUCCAAACGGAAGGAGAGAGCAGACCCCUCUUGAGAGAUCUACUGACAUCCCUUCCUCCAGCAUGGCGGAAAUCACAUCUGCCCAAUGGCGGGCCAUGCUGGACGCGGCAAGCGAGUUUGAGAAACCGUUCUUUCAGAAACUUUAUGAUGAUGUGGUACUGAGGGAAGGGGAGGCAGAGGCAGCAGCUAAGGCCGCCAGCAUCGCUGCGCAAGAGGCCCUCCUGCAGGUUCCAGAAGCUAAUGCUGACCGGUUCAAGGAGAAGCUAGCUGCUGCCAUUGCAGCCUUGGUCCGUCUGCGGGAAUUGGAAGACUUUGAAUCUCGUGUGACAGCACUAGAGCAGCAGAACCGAGAGCUGCAGGCUGAGGUACUCAGCCUUAGACAGUCCCAACUGUCUGCCCCCCGCCCUCCUAACCCUCGACUUGCUGCAGUCCCGGUCCCUCAAACUAACACAGCCCUAGUGGCAAGUGCAAGUGGAACUGUGGCAAGCGCAGGAACCGGUGCCAGCUCUUCAAGCGGCAGCGCCGGCAGCUCUGCACUCGUCAUAGUCCCAGGUGCAGGCCCUUCAGCCCAGAAGGCCCCAAUUCAUACUGACAUUCCAUACAACAGUCCUAUGGUGGACAAGAGGGCGGCCACUUUGCCGUCCAAGUACGAUGGGAAGGCGGAUAUUACAUCAUGGAUUAGUUCCAUGAGAUCAUACUUCGAGGUCAUGCGGACACCGCAGGAGGACCGAAGUAUGAUCAUGGGCACUAAUACUGAGCCCGUCGUACGGAAUCAUAUGGAACUACAAGCUGUUGCAGCAGGCUACGAGAGGAAAGACCUGACUAGCUGGCUGAAGGUGACCCCUGUACGCACUCUUGAAGAUCUCCUCCUUGAACGAUAUCAGGAUAAGCAUGCGGCGCUCAAGGCUAGGCUAAAGCUUGAGACCCUCAAGGGCCAAACAUGGAGAUCUUCCAUGCAAGCUUUAGAACAACACUUGACUGGUCUGUUUACAACACCUGAUCUGGGGAUGACUGACGUGUCAUGCAUGGAUGUAGUCAUCAAAGUGGCCCCUAAGGAAUACCUCUCCCUGCUAGCACUCAAGGACCAUGCUACCUGGCGAGAGCUCAUGAAGGACCUAGUCAACCUAGAAGCCAAGGACCUCGCCAGACGCAAAAAGGCRCCCGCUGCAGGUGGGAAACCACAACGCAAGCGGUUUGGGAGCAGCAACCAGCUUGCACUGCAUGAUCAUCGGGAGGCUGAGGAUCAGUCCUACRCGGAUGAUCUGUCUCUAGAUGACGAUCUAGAGCCGGACUCCGAUACGGGCUCCUUGAAAGAGGCUUUGGUGAGUCAUCAUGUGCUCCGCAUUGCGGAUCCCAACCUCACGUUCGUAGUCACUACGGACGCGAGCCAGUUUGGGAUUGGUGCAGUGCUGCAACAGGAUGAUGGCGAUGGCCUGCGUCCGCUUGAGUACUACAGCAAACGCAUGCCCAGCCACAAGGUAGUCACUUCCACAUACAUGCGAGAGCUCUACGCCUUGCGCGAGGCGCUCACGCAUUGGAAGCACUACCUCUUGGGUCACCACUUCAAGGUCUAUUCAGAUCACCAGACCUUGCAGUGGAUUAAGACACAAACUGAUCUUUCUCCUACGCUGACCCGCUGGUUGCAUGAUAUUGAUGUUUUCAACUUUGAUUUGAAGCAUAAGAAAGGCUGCUAUAAUCGCGUUGCUGAUGCUCUAUCCCGCCAUCUCGAGUACUUGACUUGCCUGGUGGAUUCAUACGACCUCCGCACGCAACUGAAGGAGGAUCUCGCCGAACACACCGCCAAGGACCCGGACCUGAGUCCUAUCCUUGAGCAGCUCAAGGCUGACCCUAACAGCCAGCCUGAUUUUCAUGAAUGCGAUGGUCUUGUAUUCCGCCGGUAUGGGAAAUUCGAUCGCUUGUGUGUUCCUAACCAUGUGCCUCUCCGGACUCAUUUCUUGGAUCUGGCACAUGGUCGGAGUGGACACUUUGGCUUUGAGAAGACUUACGGAAGUCUUCUCCAACAGUUUGACUGGCCGGGGAUGAAGGGAUCUGCUCAGAAGUUCAUUGCUGAAUGUCAAGUCUGUCAAAGAAUUAAGGUCCACAGGCAUAAGCCUUAUGGCCUCCUGAGACCCCUCCCAAUCCCUGAUGGUCCCGGGGAAUCAGUCUCUAUCGAUUUCACGGACAUGGGAAAAGUGAGUGCGGGCGGGAAUUCACAAGUCAUGGUCAUUGUGGAUCGCUUCUCUAAAUUUCUGAAUCUGAUUCCCUUACCUCCUCAUGCCCCAACUGAACUGGUGAUCGAAGAAUUUCACCAGCAGUACAUCAUGCAGUAUGGGCCCCCGAAAACUCUUGUGAGUGAUCGGGACACUAGGUUCAUUAGCAAGGAUUGGAAGGACUUCACUGCCCAAGUCUAUGACAUCACACUAAACAUGACGUCUGGUCGACACCCACAAGCCAAUGGAUUGGCUGAGGAAAUCAACCAGACCGUCACCCAACUGCUGCGCGCGUUAAUUGUGCCAGACCAGAACACAUGGGAUAAGGAGUUGCAUAAGGUAAAAGGACUGUACAACAACUCCAUCCAUUCUGCAACCGGUGUGACACCAAAUCAGUUGCAGUAUGGAUGGCCGAUGCGUAAUCCCGUCUCCUACCUGUUCCCGGAAAGGUCACCUGGUCUGAUACCCGGCAUGCCUGGCUACAAUGCCAAGUACGCACGCUUGCUCAAAGCUGUUACGGCAGCCAUGAACAAGCGCCAGCAUGCCAUGAUCAAGCAUGCCAACAAGCUGCGCAAAGAAGUGAAAUUUAAGGUCGGGGACUACGUUUGGGUUAAGAUGUCUGAAUUUUCUGAUGAGGAGGGCGUGUCACAGAAGCUUCUUCCACUAUACUACGGCCCUUGGCAGAUUCUGAAAGUGAUUGGGGAUGAUUUUGGCCCUUCGUUUGUGAUUGACGUGCCGCCUCAUCUGCGCACGUACCCAGUCUUUCACGCCUCCAAACUGUUUCCGCAUAUUGAUGAUGAGACUUUUCCCUACCUGCAUGUGACUCGCUACACCCAUGAAGGGCUCGAUCUGUUGCCACGCAUUCACACCGUGAGUGUACGGGACUAACGGAACUGCACGGAACUGUAAGGGAAUAGGUUAACCCUGCUUCUUAGGUCUAUUUGGCAGGGUCGAUCACGGUGAAAAGACGGUACUCCUGCUUUCACAAAAGUAAGAAAAGCAAAAGAAAAAAAGGAAAGGAGGUUUACCUCAUGAGAUUCAUCAUGUUGACGGGGUCAAAAUGUGUGGGCAAGAAAUCAAUGAAGGGCAUUUUACUCA